AUGAACGUGAUAGCGAGCAAUGGUAAGGAUGCGUUCUAUGAGGACCCUGAGUAUGCUAAGAUGGGAGAACUGGAGGAAUCACCAGGUGAGGUUGAUGAGAGUGAGGAUAGGGAAGACACAACAGCGAGUGUGGAGGAAGCAGUGAAGCAGGAAGAAGAGAUAGUCACCAUGGAGGCAGCAGCAGUGAACGAUGGAGAUGGAACCAGUGUCAACACCUUUGCAGCAGCGAUCGUGGUUGAAGAUGAAGCAGUAAAUGCGAAGUGUGUGGGAGUUGAAGCUUUGAAAAGGGACAUCAUGGUGAAGGGAUCAAAGGCGAAUGCAACUGCAAAGGGACGAAUGGCUAUAAAGGAUGAACACGUUGAGGGGUACGAGACCCAAGAGGAGUUGGGUGAUAACAUGCCGAGGGGAAGCGAGAGGCUGAAGAAGAUAUUUCAAGGUUUGGACGUCAAUGCGCUCAACUACAAGACACGUAAGCAGAGGUUCAAGGUGCAGGAGCUGCAGGGGAGCGUGAAGUCGACUUAG